GGCCACCCACCGAGGUCCGAGCUGCACUUGCUGCCCCCGCCGAGGACGAGGCUGCGGCCGGAGCAGUGACGGUGUCAUUCAAGAAUCGGACCCCAGGCGCACAGAACAGACCUCGCUGGUACCCACGGCCCUUUCCACUCCCUCUCCCAUCCUAUUGGGUUCUCUUGAUUACAAACUCCUCCCUCUCUGGUACUACAGCAAUGAGUGGGAAAUCCCUGCUCUUAAAAGUCAUUCUCUUGGGUGACGGUGGAGUUGGAAAGAGCUCACUCAUGAACCGUUAUGUAACCAAUAAAUUUGACUCCCAAGCUUUUCAUACCAUAGGGGUAGAGUUUUUAAACCGUGAUUUGGAGGUAGAUGGACGCUUUGUAACCCUCCAGAUCUGGGACACUGCCGGGCAAGAACGUUUCAAGAGCCUUAGGACGCCCUUCUACAGGGGAGCAGACUGCUGCCUCUUGACCUUCAGUGUGGAUGACCGGCAGAGCUUUGAGAACCUCGGCAACUGGCAGAAAGAAUUCAUCUACUACGCAGAUGUGAAGGACCCUGAGCACUUCCCCUUUGUAGUUCUGGGUAACAAGGUAGACAAAGAGGAUAGGCAAGUGACGACUGAGGAGGCACAAGCCUGGUGCAUGGAGAAUGGGGAUUACCCUUAUUUAGAAACAAGUGCCAAAGAUGAUACUAAUGUGACAGUGGCCUUCGAAGAAGCUGUCAGGCAGGUGUUGGCUGUAGAGGAACAGCUGGAGCAUUGCAUGUUAGGUCACACCAUUGACUUAAACAGUGGCUCCAAAGCAGGGUCUUCCUGUUGCUAAAAGUAGAGAGUGUUUUCAAAGUGUGCACUAAGUUGAUCAGUCAGUAGUAUAAGAAUAACCAUGCCCCUCUAAGGGUGCACACACAUACACACACACAAGGGUAAAACGAGAUAAGGCUGUGAUUGUGAAUCAGAGCCUUCCAAAUUGAAAUUGUAGAAAGAUUAACAAAAAAAGCUUUAUGAAGCCAAGUGCAUUUUGUGUGAUUUCUGCUAUUUCCCCUUCUCGUGUGUAUCAGGAUAUUUCAGAAAGCUUUAGUCCUGAGAGAUGUUAAUAUUUUUCAAGUCACAAUGUAGACCUAGAACCCAGCUGCAUGAAGGAGUUAAAGAGCUACAGCCAUCCUUUAAAGCAUUUCAUUAAUCAACCAACAAAUGUUACCAUCAGACUCUUGCCAAACAGUUUGACAUUUCUGCCAAAUGGGGUUGGGUGGGUGGUGGGGCGGGAUAUGAGCUAUGUUAAUUUUUUUUUAAAGCAAACAAAGAUGUCCUAAGCUUGAGUUAUAAAGAGGCUGUAAUGAUUAGGAAUGCAAACGUAUAAUAAUGUACACUGCCUUGUUUAAAUUCGUGUGUGUUGUUCCCUCUUGGAACUUUUCGAAAAAUACCACCUCAAUAAGAAAUACACUAACGACACUGGAAAUUCAUUACACUCCUUGUGUUUGAAGUAAGAGGGUACUAGUGACUAAAUUCUGCUUAAAUAUUCCAACCACUCUGGCAAAUAAAUGGUUGGUCUGCUUUUACUUCAUGCGUCUACUUGUGCCACAUAGGGAUGUUGCUUCUUUGACAACCUCAUCAUUUAGCAAUGCUGCUUAGUGUAUGGCUUUGGGUUCAGUACGCUCAGCUCAUAAUUUAGAUGGCCCUUUGGACCACCAAGCUGAGUUCACAGAGUAGGCUUCAGAUAAGACUGGGGGAUAAUGGGCUUCUUUUUUUUCACAAGGUUCCUUAACUUGAAUAUUUAUUGUAUAAGAAGAAACGACUUUUUGUAUGUUGCACAGUAUGUUCCACAAGCCAAAUUCAGACAGUUCAAAGUGACAAGAAAGCAGGUUGAACUCAAUGUUAAAAUGAACUUUCUCCUAAUUCCAGUUGUCCAACAGUGGAAUGGACUGCCUUAAAUCGUGAACUCCCCUCCAUUGGAAAUAUUCAAGCCGAUGCUGGAUGACCAUCUGUUAGAAUGCCAUAAAAAUAAUGUCUGUACUGCGUAGCUGUUUGGUCUAGAAUCCCUUCUAUUUCUAAGUUCUAGAAACCUAUCAACUAUGUUUCAGUGUCAUGUUCUAGCUUGAUUUCUCUUAAGAUACCAACCACGACUAUGAGGAGGGCUUCAGGCAGGCUCACUAUUCUGCUGUGGUCCUUUCACAGCCAGUGCGUAGUUAGUCCUUUUGCUUUUGCACCAUGGCAGGAACAAUUCUCCAGUUCUUAAGUGCUCUGAUGUAAACAUCCUGAAGAUUAGAGAUUCAAUGCAUAAGUGAUUUGUCAGUUUCUUUUAUGAAUAUGCAGCCUAGUUCUGUUGGCAGAUGUUUGUCCUGCAUCGCUUUUAAUCUGUACUUUAUAACAUCUAUGAUAAAAAAUAAUAACCCAAGGUGGUGAGGGACAGUUAGAAAUGACCCCCCCACCCCAAAGAGACCUAGGCCAGAGGGGGGAAUGGGGUCUUUCACAGGGAUACAGCCUAGAACUCUCCAUUGUAGCCACAUAUGGAAUCAGCCUUACAUGUGGGACUUUAUGUGCUUUAAGAGCUAUGGGACUUUGGGGCCACAUAGACAAGUGGAGGAAGGUAUGUCAACCCAGUGAUAGCUAGUAUUUCCAAUUAAGAUAUUGUCCUAACUUUUUGUCUAAUGAACUCUGCUGCCAGAAGUCAAAGCUAGAACUGGGACCCCACAGCUCUUAAAUAUAGGUCCCAUCCUGCCUAUGCCUAUAGCCAGUCACACUGGUGUCCAAGUUUUAUGACCAUUGUGCUACGAUCAUGUCACGGUGAAAUAUCUGUGCAUUGCUGUAAAUCAGAACUUUUCAAUGCUAGUUGUUUUUAAGCGCAUGAGACCUGGGGCCUUCUCUUUCUACUUGCACUCUGCUUAUAAUAGUUUCUAUUUUUAGAUCGCAGGCCUUCAUAAAGAUGUCCAUCAACUCAGAAAGUGCUUGUCUCUAUUAGAGUGGCAUGUGGUCCUUUGAGCACAGAGUCAUGUGGGCAUCACAUUCACAGGCCUCCUGUCCAUCCAAGACAAGUGUCCAUUUUAUUGGCAGGUCAACUGAAGCUCCUUUCCUCUUUGCCAUGCCCCAAUUUUUUUGGUUGCCAAAUCAUUACACAAUAUCUUAGAGAAGGUGAUUAAUAAUAUUAAAUGACAGAUCGUAUGAAUAAGAUUUAAAACACCAAAGACUGGAAUCUGUGAGCACCAGAAACUGUGCAGAUAGGUGUAGCGUUGACUACGUAUCCUAGAAUGCGCAGUGUAAUGUUCUCAGCGGGUAUUUUUUCUUUGAAAUGAACACGAAUUUCUGAGUCAGGCUCUUCAGUGGUCCACUGCAACAUCAUUCAGAGUAUUUAUUUUCAUGUAUCAGGUAAACAUUCAAGGGGCCUCAGAUUCCAUGGGACUUCAGUGGAUUGAUGAAUUUCAGGUUACUUUGUGCCUGCCUCAGUCAUUUCUUCGUUAUCCUGAGGUACCCCACAAUCCUCUUGUUGCAGGUGCUGCUAACAAUCUCAAAUUUGUGUAUCACAUACUUUAUUGCAACUGUUAAAAAUCAUUGCGUUUAAGUGAAUAAAAAGUGCAUUUUGAAGAACCAG